AUGAUACAGCUUUGGCUAUUUACAUUACGGCAUUUUGUCUACGAUUCCCCAAAAGUGACUACCUCGCGAGACUAUCAAACACCACAUCAGAUUUUGACGUUUCAGGCGCUCGCCCUGCUUGCCAAACGUCUCGGAUUUUCCUCCAAUUCAAUUGAAAACAUACUGAGCAAGUCCCAGGGCCGCGUCAAUGCCAGAAACUUUAUUGAUGAGAUCUCUACAGACGAAUUCCUGAGCCUGGAUGAGCCAAAUGUCAAAGCAGCAUCGAAUUGUUCUGCAUCUUUCUUGACUUUACUGCAGGUAAACGAUGCUUGUGCAGAUGGUGUGGCAAAUUUAACGACGGAAAAUCUGGCUGAAAAAGCCCAGAGAAGAUUUUGUCGACCCGUGGCAAGCCAAUACCGUGAGCAAAGGGGCAGCUUUUUCAUUGAACAAAUUUUCGGGCCGGCUGAAACAGUAGCGGAAUAUCCCACAUCCCUUGCAAUCACUCGCGAUAUCUUGCUUUGUUUCUUUGGAGAUAAAGUAGUUGAUGGGAUGAGUUCAAGAAUUAAAGUAAAUUCAGUGUCUGGGGAGAGUAUGUACGGUCUAAGUGAUACAAAUAUACUAUCAGCCGUGGCAGCAGAAGAUGAUACAGCUGUUUUCGAAACGCAUGGAGACAAAAACGACAUACAUAGUCAAGGCGCCUUUCUUGGGCAUGAGUUAACUCGAAAAACUUACCCACUUCCAUCUUUACCUGGUGAAGAAUCUCUUUACUCCAACUCAGUUUCAACACCAUCACAUCCAAUCGGCUCCCCCGAUCACAUGACCUUGCGAAAUGGGUUAGCAGCUGGAUUUGAGGACGAACUGACCAUUGGUGAUAUGGGAGUGAAACUCUAUAUUACGCAUCAUGGCAGAUUCUCCGAAAUCCUCAAUAUGUGGCAUUAUUCAAACAACCAAAACUUAAUGGUUGUGUAUUUGUUUGAAGACCGUAUCUUCUAUAAAUUUCGAGCCACUGAUAAUUUCGCUCUACGCUCCUUCCUGAAUAAUCUAGCGCGGGAUUAUAUUUUGAUGGAGAUCCACGCAGACUACGAGCUUUCAAUACCAAGAAUAUCGGAAAUGGAGCUGGCAAAUCAUCUGAUAGUCGCAUGCAGGAAAGAGAGCCCUGCCAAAAAGAAGCUCCAAGGCGCAGAUAUGUCGAUGGAUGAAUUUCGCAAUUACAUCAGGAGUUGUGACAUUCAUACAGGGAAGAGAUAUAGCGAGAAAGAUAUUGGACGGUUUGCUAAGCGUCGUUGA